AUGACAGAAAUUAAAGGAUUCUCUAGAAAAAAUAAACACAAAAUAAAAUAUUUCAACCUUCCUUCUGCUCAAAGACCAAUUCUACGCAACAAAGAGCAGCCAGCGCCAGUUCCUCCUUUGGGUGAUCAAAUUGAAGACGUAUUUGACAUAACAACUUCGCUAUCUAUAAAAUCAAACGAAUUUACACCUAGCGGUUCAUCUAGCAUAACCGGUGAACCACAUAUUCUCAACCAGUCUGAACUUAAUGAUCUUGUCCGUGAUUUGGAACUUUCGAAAUCUAAGGCACAACUUUUAGGUUCCAGAUUACAACAGUGGAACCUGUUAGAAAAAGGGACACGAAUUUCAUUUUUCAGGAAGAGGGAUUCUCAAUUCUUGCAGUUGUUUUCCAAAGAACAAGAUUUAGUUUAUUGCACUGACCCGCUAACACUUCUUCAAGAACUACACCUGCCAGAAGACCCAACGGCUUUGAGACUCUUCAUCGACUCGUCCAAACUGAGCCUGAAAGCAGUGUUGCUACACAAUGGAAAUAAAUAUCAGUCAGUUCCAUUAGCUCAUACAGUAAACAUGAAAGAAACCUAA